UGCCAAUCAGGUCGGAGCCGCAUUUUUUUCCCCAAGAGCUUCACCCAUACCUACCAGAUUGUCUCAACUGUCUACCAGCAAACUGCUCUCCUCUUCAUCAGCUAAUCCCAUCACGCCGUCACAAAUAUCCAAUCAAUCGAACCAACAUCGAUCCUCUGGAAUCUAUUACAACGUCUCGAAUAAACCAGCCACGUCCGCGACAAGCCUGUCAAACACAACAUAAACAAUGCCGCCCUUAAUCUUGCAUAACGUGCCAGAUGACGAACUAUAUACAGGCGAUGAUGGUAUUCAACGGCCGUAUGCCAUGGUCUGGCCUGAACACGACCGUCAGCGUAUGGCACCGCGCACUCGAGCUCGUGAAAUAAACGAGACAGGCUCUUUCGGAAAGUCGACAAGGCGUUCGCGCUCUAGAACAGGCAGUGCACCCCCCAAACGCGAAGAUGCCACUAUGCAAAGUGCCGAUAGGGUCUUCUCCAACUACCUAGCCAAGCAGCAUGCAGAAAACGCUGCCGAGCCUGCGCAGCGAAAGUCAAGACAAGAGGAAUCCAAGUCAACAAAUCAACCCCCGAUCUCGCACAGAGAACCUACCGAGAUGAUCCUCCGAGGCUAUGCAUCUCCUGCUCAACAAUAUGCAGCCAUCAACCACUACGAGCAGCUUGCCGGCAGGAUAUGCGAAGACUACUCUAGAGAACCACCCCCCGAGGCACGAAGAUACAAGUCAGAUCUACGCGACCCUGCGUUAACACGAAGACAGCCCCUGACAAAAGCGGAGAGAGCAAAGGUCAACAAGGUUGCUAGUGGUGAGCAUUGGGUCAAGGUCACCUUCGAGUCUGCAGAAGCAGCAAGCACCGCCCUAUAUGCCUCUCCCCAAAAGAUCCUGGGUCAUCUCGUUUAUGUAGAGCCGUACCGAAGUUUACCUCCUAUGGAGAACGCAGCUGUUCUCGAUGUUGUAGGCGAUGCAGGCAUGUUUGAAGAUAACGUCCGGUCAAGCUUCUCUCGAGAUCGCCCUAGAAGGUCUUCGCACACGAGUCGCAGACCAAAUCGCGCCCGCCGUACAUCACCACCAGUUUCACACGCCUCGACAGAAACUAUGAACUCCGCGACUGUAUCAGCAUCUUCAGGAACCAUGUCUUCGGCAACGGUAACAGCAGUCGAGGGUGAAGUCGUUACGAGCCCAGCUGAACCGGAAGCCGCCCCCCAAGUCAGAGGUCGACUCAUCCCCUCGGCCAGGAGGAUAAAACUGCUACCAGCUGAUGAAGCGCUCAAGAAGAGUCCUACCUGGUCAGAGAGUUUACUUGCUUUAAUACCCCUAUUAGGCUGGUUCAGCGGUGCUAUGAUCGGAAACGAGGUGCCUCGCAAUGAGAUAGGCGAGUUCGAUAUGAAUAGGGCCAGUCUUUACUGGAAAAUCAUGUACUUGCUGGAUUAUUGGUUUCGUCUCUUUGGUCACGAGCUCGUCAGUGGUGAUAAGGAAGACUGAAGGGGCUCACGACUAAAGAAUGUUUGGAAGAGUCAUAAGG